AUGUUCCACAACACAUUCCAAAGCGGGUUACUGUCGGUUUUGUACAGUCUGGGAAGUAAACCAUUACAAUUAUGGGAUAAGACAGCUAGAAAUGGCCAUAUAAAACGAAUGACAGAUGACGAAAUACAAAGUCUGGUUAUCGAAGUGAUAGGAGCGAAUGUUAGGUUGGUUUAACUUGAAAAUUUUUAUUUUGUUUGCAGAGUGCAGGUUUUAGGUAACAUUUCAUUGUGAGAUUAUUUUUUGAUUUGGGACUUCGAAUAUAUAUAGGUGGCAAAAAAAGCGGAUAAAACGUUUUUUGUUAGUAAAAUAGUUAUUUAGAAGAGUAAAAGUUCAAGUUCUCGUAUUUUAUUAUUUCUGUGCAAUGGUUUGGCAUAUACUUGUUUCAGCACCACGUACAUAUCAUGCCCAUUAGACCCAAAGAAGACAUUGGGCAUAAAGUUACCGAUAUUUGUAAUGACACUUAAGAAUCUAAAGAAGUAUUUUACCUUUGAAAUUCAGGUAUGUUAACAAGCUAACUGAUUGAUAAAGGGGUUAUUAACUAUACUUUGGAUAAUAACUUUAUUUCUGCUUAUCAUAAGUUAGAUAAAUUGAAUAACACAAUGCUAGUGUUAACACAGAGUUGCUUUUAAUGCAUAGUUUCAGGUGCUAGACGACAAAGGUAUGAAACGCCGUUUUCGAGCUUCAAACUAUCAGACGACGACACGAAUAAAGCCAUUCAUUUGUACGAUGCCAAUGAGGUUGGACGAUGGUUGGAACCAAGUUCAGUUUAAUCUGGUCGAUUUCGUAAAACGAGCUUAUGGUACGAAUUAUGUGGAAACAUUGAGGAUACAGGUGAGUGCUAUGUUAUGACUUGGUCAAAAAGUUGAUAGAAUAGAAAAAAACGCGAAAAAGUUUAAACUUCGCGUAAAGAUGGCUUUUCUACAUACUUUUUGACCUAAAAACAGCAACUAAUUACUAAAAUAACUCAAUGUUGCCAAAGCAUGUAUUAGGGUUGUUUUACAAUAACCUAAGAGUAUUGUACCUUUAAUAUCUAACUUAUAAAAAGCUAAACUUUGAAAAGCCCAAAUUUUCGUUUUUCUCACUAAAAUAUAAUACAUGAUAGAUUCAUGCCAACUGUCGAAUUCGUCGUAUCUACUUCGCCGACCGCAUCUACACUGAAGAAGAAUUACCUCCAGAAUUCAAGCUCUACUUACCUGUCAGUCGAUCUGCUAAUCCAGAAAUAUCCGACUUAACCGCUACUGCAUAA